AUGAAAGUGCAUUUCACUACAAUUUUUCUUAUAUGUAUCGAGCAAUUCACUAAGGCCAUUGCCCAAGGCAUGCCGAUCAGUCCGUGCCCAAAGGUCUUUCAGUACAGAUUUGAUGGCAGUGAAUGGUUCGGCUUAACGGCCAUACGAAAUCCAGAUGUGCAGGCUCUACAGAUUCGCGUAACGCUCUCCAUGCGGGGCAAGCCAACGACGAAUUAUCUUGGUGAAAUUGAGUUGCUGACUCGUGGACAAUUUGCAAGCAAUGCGCCAGUGCUUUACAAGAUUCGAUUUCCAAAACAUAACUUUCCUCCCAAAUUAGUGCUUAUUUCGGCUAACAAUCAAGUUAUUUGUGUCGGUUCUGGCGAUCACAGCGUUUUUAUGACUCAAAUUCAGCUAGAGCAUACACGAAAACUUACUUUUAUACCAGAUAAAAAAUCGGGUGCAAUGGUGCCUCCAGGCGGUGCAGAUUUCGGAACGGUAGUUGGUAAGGAGUUGCCAGCAAAUAAUGAGUUCGGCUCUAAGCCCCCGCCGCACAUCCGGUUCAAGAAAAAACCAUUUCAUUCAGCUGGAGAAAUCUGUGGACGGGUCACUACCAAUAAUAGGUUUGGAUUGAGUGCUGAUCACGCAGAUCAAUCGCCGGUUUUUGGCUCUACUGGUGAUUACGACAACGAUGACAGCGACACGGUCCUGGAUGAGAUGGAAGAGGAUGGGCUCGACUCAGAUGACACGUAUACAUUUGUGGAUGGGCAAAAUGCCACGACUGGCAACAGCAUGCCGUCAAUAACUCGCGGUGCCUGGCCUUGGCUGGCGGCGAUUUACGUUAAUAAUCUUACAUCCUUGAACUUUCAGUGCGGUGGCACGCUCAUCUCUGCGCGCGUGGUUAUAAGCUCGGCGCAUUGUUUUCAAAUGUUCAACCAGCGUUACACGGCCAACGAAGUGCUUGUCUUUUUGGGCAGGCACAAUCUUAAGAACUGGAAUGAGGAUGGCUCCUUAGCAGCGCCUGUCGAUGGCAUAUAUAUACACUCUGAUUACAACAAACAGCUGAGUAACUACGACGCUGACAUAGCUGUCAUUAUCCUCAAGGAUGAAGUGCGUUUCAACACAUUUAUACAGCCAGUGUGUCUUUGGACGGGCUCCAGCAAAACGGAAUACAUUGUUGGCGAGAAUGGUAUUGUCAUUGGCUGGAGUUUCGAUAGAACAAAUUUAACAAAAUUUUCAAAGGAUUCAUCGUCCACAUUUGCGCCUGGAAACGGCGCUGCGUCCCAUGCGAGUAACAGUAUACCAACAGUUGUAAGAGCGCCCAUAGUUUCCAAUGAGGUGUGCUUCAAGGCCAAUGCACACUUCCGCAGCCUCUCGUCGAACCGCACAUUCUGCGCUGGAUUCUUGGUGGACAUCCACAGAGAUGGUGGCCGCGCUGGUGUCAGCAUAUAUACGGGCAUUUCCGGCGCUGGGCUUAUGAUACUAAAGAACAAUCGUUGGAUGCUGCGAGGGACCGUUUCCGCCGCUUUGCCCGCUGAUCCCAGAGGGUCGCUGAGGAACGAUUCGGCUCUCUGUUGCACUAGUCAAUAUGUCAUCUAUGCCGAUGUGGCAAAGUUUAUUGAUUGGAUUAUGGCCUUCAUUAUAUAAUUUGUGUAUAUACUCUUAUGUCAUGUGUAGUGUGAUAUGCCACCAUUCAGAUG